UUUAGAAAAUAAAGUCUCAAUUAGUGCAAGAAAUGUAACAAUGGCUGACAUUAUACAUAAUGUUGCUGAGUUGUACAAGUGUCGGAGGUGGUCUUUUUAUUCUUUUAGUGUUUCCUAAAUGUCAAUGUCGACAUAAGGCCUUUAAUGUUCUUUUUCACUUUUGUUUACCCUUUCUUCCCUUUAUUUACUGCGCAUGUUUGCUUUAUUUGUCCGUGACUUUUGAAAUUUUUGAAGGCACUGCGCAGCAAAACCGGUCACAAAACAAAAAAAAAAUCGAUUUUGUGUGAUGGAAAAAAAGGUAUAUAAAGGGCACAUUUUCUGCCAACUCUC